GACUUACUUUUUGCUCGUUAGAAAAGUUCAUUGGGCGUCCCAGAUUACAAAUCCAAAAAUAACCAAGAUAAGACGGAUCCAUCUCAUUAUGACAGAGCCUGCGCAGAAGAAAACAGCAAUGUCAUCUCUUGAUCAGCUGAAGUCGUGCACGACAGUUGUCGCAGAUUCUGGUGACAUCGAUGUAAUUGGACAAUACAAGCCAACAGAUGCCACAACAAACCCUUCUCUUAUCCUGGCAGCAGCCAAGAUGCCACAAUACAAACAUCUCAUUGAAGAUGCCAUCACACAUGCCAAGUCUGCCAGCGAUAAUCUCUCGGGACAGCUUGAAGCUGCCAUGGAUAAAGUUUUCGUCAACUUUGGAAAUGAGAUCUUGAAAAUUAUUCCUGGCCGUGUGUCGACAGAGGUGGAUGCCAGGCUGUCAUUUGAUAAGGAUGAGAUGAUUAAAAGAGCCAAGAACUUUAUCGAUCUUUACAAGAAAGUUGGCAUUGACAAAGAAAGAAUUCUCAUCAAAUUGUCCUCAACUUGGGAGGGUAUAGAAGCAGCUAGGGUGCUUGAGCAGGAAUAUGGAAUUCAUUGUAACAUGACUUUAUUGUUCAACUUUCACCAGGCUGUAGCAUGUGCAGAAGCAGGAGUGACCUUGAUCUCACCUUUUGUUGGUCGUAUCUUUGACUGGUAUGUUCAGAACACAGGUCAGAAAGAAUUUGACUACCUUGAUGAUCCAGGAGUGAAGAGUGUUACUCGCAUUUAUAACUACUACAAGAAAUUUGGUCAUGAAACAGUUGUCAUGGGAGCCUCAUUCCGAAACACCAAUCAAAUCAAAGGUCUUGUGGGAUGUGAUCUACUCACAAUUUCACCUUCACUGCUGGAUAAGUUAUCCAAAUCAACUGAGGAGUUUAGUGAACAGCUAAAUGCAAAAGCAGCAAAGAAGUUAGAUAUUGAUCGUGUGGAGGUCAAUGAGAAGAUUUUCCGAUGGGAGAUGAACGAGGACACAAUGGCAAACGACAAACUUUCUGACGGAAUUCGAAGAUUUGCUGCUGAUGCUGUUAAACUGGAAACCUUGUUAAAAACAUAUCUUCAAUAAAAUAAUACAAAUAGACUUUAAAGUUUGAAUCAACAAACUUCUGAGGGAGUGCACAGCAGCAUUUUCAUCUCCCUGCCAAAAUCAUGGGAUAUAUUGAUUGAUAUUUCAUCAGUUGUCUUUCAUUUAUUUCAAAAACAUUUUACAAAUUUCUGUCAAGUUUUGCAACCAUAGAUUUUACUAAAUAUAUGACUAAAAUGUUGUUCACUUUGAAGCUAGCAAUAGGCAUGAACUUUUGGUAUUGUGUUUUUUUUGUGUGUGAUAAAUUAAAAAGUUUAAUUUUACAUGGCUUGGUUACUGCAUUAACUUAAUAGCAAUGGUAGAAAAAAAUGGUCCCAUUCUGUCAAGAGAGUCUCACCUUUUGUAUUCAUUAGAUUUUCUUUGUAAAUAUGUUUGCGUAUUAAAUGGGUUCUUUUUAUAUUAAAACCUCAAUGACAAAUUAAUAUAUAGAAAAUGUGAAAUGGUGCUCUUUGUAAAAGUAAUGAUAAAAACAUAGAUGUUUUUGUUCCUUAUUUGAAAUACUGGUAGCCUGUUAUACUUUAAAUGUCAAGUGCAGAUAAGAUUUGUAAGCUUGAAAACAUUGUUAUUUGAGCCGUGCCAUGAGAAAACCAACAUAGUGGGUUUGCGACCAGCAUGGAUCCAGACCAGCCUGCGCAUCUGCGCAGUCUGGUCAGGAUCCAUGCUGUUCGCUUUCAAAGCCUAUUGCAAUUAAAGAAAUCUUUAGCGAACAGCAUGGAUCCUGACCAGACUGCGCGGAUGCGCAGGCUGGUCUGGAUCCAUGCUGGUCGCAAAGCCACUAUGUUGGUUUUCCCAUGGCACGGCUCAUUUACUAAUUUUCAUUUAAAUAGAUGCAGCCAUUCAACUGGUAUGUUUUUCCUUCACAUAUACCGGUCACUAUAUUUAAGAGCAUUUUGCUGUACGCAACAACGUGGCUGUUUCAUUGUACCCUCUGCCAUAUUCCAUUGCAUGUAAAAAUCAGACAGCUUAUAGAUAUAAUCCUGCAAUUAUUGUCCUAGGUUUCAUUUUCAGCUGGAUGCAGUGCAUCUUGUAAUUUCUUUUAUCUUAAUAGUUCACUGAAGAAAGGAUAAAACUAAAGUGUUUCAUUGUUAAUUGAUGCUUGAUUUAAGUUUUGCAUUAGUUUUGGGUCAUAUGUUUUACUUAAAGGAAUUCAUUAAUUUUCUUAAAAUAUGAAUGUCCUGAUAUCAGACUGUAAGACUGUUUUGGAAUUUUGAAAGGUUUUACUUGUUAUCUAUCACAGGUUGAAUUUUUGUUAGCAGUUGUACACAGAUAAUUCAGAUAUUUAAUUAGUUAGGUUUUUUAUUCAUUGAUCAGGAAUACUUGACAAAUUGAAUUUCAGCUUUAAUGAUACAGUUGUAUGUUGUUAUUGGCGGUCUAUAUUCUUACAAGUGUAUCACAUUCCUUGUCGAUAUGCCUGACUUCGAGCUGGAAUGAGAAUUUCUUGUUUGUUAUUGUUGAAUUAUGUCUACCACUACACCACUACACUGUAGUGGGAGACAUAUUGAUUUACUCCUGUCUGUCUGUCUGUCCAUCCGUGUGUCCGUCUGUCACAAAUCUUGUCCACACUCUAAGUUGAACAUUUCUCAUACGAUCUUCACCAAACUUGAAAAAAUGUGUUUGCCAAUAAGUCCUCGGCCAAGUUCGAUAACUAGCCAAAUCAGCCCAGGCAUUUCGGAAUUAUGGCCUUUGAAUUACCAAAUAUUGCUAAAUAUCGCUUCCAGUAUCGACACUUUAAGUCAUUAGUAAAUCUUGUCCGCACUCUAAGGUUGAACAUUUCUCAUGCGAUCUUCACCAAACUUGAACAGAAUGUGUUUGCCAAUAGGUCCUCAGCCAAAUUCGAUAACUAGCCAAUUAAGCCCAGGUACUUCGGAAUUAUGGUCCUUGAAUUACCAAAAAUUGCUAAAAAACGCUGCCAGUAUCCGCACUCUAAGUCAUUGGUGCAUGGUUUACUCAGAUACAUAGCUAUUCAGAUGAUUAGGCAGUUGUGGGAGACAUGCGCUUUUCUUAAAAGCAGCUCUAGUUUCUGCAUGGAUUAGUACAUGUAUAUAUAAAAUUUAAAGUGCUAUUUUGCAACGAAAAUCUCAGUUUUAUUUUUCAUUUUGAAGAAAAAAGGCAGGAAGGUUUUAAUCUUUACAAACAAAUUAUUUGCUUGAUGAAAUGAAGUGAGAGUUAUUUUUGAUCAGUAUAUAUUUUUGCUUUGUUCAGCUUGACUUGGUACAAUUUCAGGUCUUUGUAGUUGAUUGUGCUAAUGUUUCAACCAAUUAGGUUUGUUAUAAAUGAAUUUAGGUCAAGAUUUAGGAAAUUCUUUGUUACUAGUUUACGAUAUAAUACAAAUGUAUAUGCAAAUUAUGAGUUAAUCAGAGAAUAUAUUAUAUACUAUUAGUAUAAUUUUUUGUGAUUUCUUUAUUUGAUUAUCUUUUUCUGAAGGAUAUUAAACUUUUCUAUGAAAUUUUA